AUGGCUGGAACAGGUGGCCAAGUGCCCACUUUCUCUGUCUGGGAUUAUGUGGUGUUUGCUGGAAUCAUUUUGGGGGCAUCUGGCAUUGGCCUUUUUCAAGCCCUUCGAAGUCGCAAGGAGACCAACACCGCAGAGUUUUUGUUAGGUGGACGACAAAUGACGGCUGUACCUGUUGCCAUGUCCCUCACAGCCAGCUUCAUGUCUGGCAUCACUGUCAUUGGCACGCCUGCUGAGGCUUAUCGAUUUGGUGUUGCCUUCUGGCUCUUUGCCUUUGCUUAUACCAUCAUGUCUGCCAUCACUGCUGAAAUCUUUGUCCCGCUUUUCUACCGACUGAAUAUCACCAGUGCCUAUGAGUACCUGGAGAUGCGCUUCAGCCGACCCAUUCGGCUGAUUGGAACAUCAAUGUACAUUGUACAGACGGCUCUGUACACUGGUUUAGUCAUCUAUGCUCCAGCUCUUGCACUAAAUCAAAUCACUGGACUGGACCUGUGGGGAGUGCUGGUGGCUACAGGAGCAGUGUGCAUCAUCUACUGUACUUUGGGUGGUCUGAAAGCAGUCAUCUGGACUGAUGUACUGCAAAUGGUUAUCAUGCUGGCAGGUUUUAUAGCUGUUAUAGCAAGAGGAGCUAUACUACAAGGAGGCCUGACAAGGAUUUGGGAAGAUGCUGGCCAAGGAGGUCGUCUGAAUGCAUUUGACUUUGACCCCGAUCCUAUGAAGAGACAUACCUUCUGGACUAUUGUCAUUGGUGGUAGCAUAAUGUGGACGUCUAUCUACUCGAUCAACCAGUCACAGGUGCAACGCUACAUCUCCUGCAAAACCUUGACACAUGCCAAGAUGUCUUUGUAUGUGAACAUGCUCGGUUUGUGGGCGACAGUGAGUCUGGCAAUGUUUUCUGGCCUCACCAUGUUCUCUAUUUACAAGAACUGUGACCCACUUUCAAAUGGUGAUAUAAGUACACCUGACCAGCUUCUUCCUUACCUUGUGAUGGAUAUUCUGGCAGACUACCCUGGAGUCCCAGGCCUGUUUGUGGCUGCAGCAUAUAGUGGUACCCUAAGCACGGUGUCUUCCAGCAUUAAUGCUCUAGUUGCUGUUACUGUGGAAGACUUUAUUUUCCCAAUCUGCAAAAACCUCACAGAGAGACAAAUUACUUGGAUGAACAUGGGCCUGAGCGUGUUCUAUGGAGCGUUGUGUAUUGGAAUGGCAGGAGUGGCUUCAGCGAUGGGAAGCGUUCUGCAGGCAGCUCUGUCCAUAUUUGGCAUGAUCAGUGGGCCUCUGCUCGGUCUCUAUCUAUUAGGAAUGUUUUUCCGUACAACAAAUUCAGUAGGAGGUCUUGUUGGAAUGAUCAUAGGUCUAGUGUUGACUCUGUGGGUGGGGAUUGGAGGCCAGAUUUACCCACCAACAGAUGAGAAAACAAAUCCUCUUCCAGUUAGCACUGCUGGCUGCAACAACACAAUAGGCCAAAAUUACACAACAGCAACUCCAUGGACCAGUCCAGUGACUCUGACCCAACCACCUGAUUACCGGCCACCUAUAGCAGACUCCUGGUACUCUCUGUCUUACGUUUACUUCUCUCUUUUGGGCAUGUUGACAACAAUGGUGUCUGGACUGUUCAUGAGCAUUAUCACAGGUGGAUGCAAGCAAAAGAAACUGAACUCUAAUCUGUUUGUGCGGAAAAAAGAUUUGAUAUGCUUCAGCUGUUGCAGUAACUCAGAGGUCUCAGACGACACAGAAAAGACUGCAACAGAUCUUCACAUGGGAGUUGACAACUCAGCAUUUACAGACUUUGAUGUGAUGAGCAAAGAAAUAGAAAAAAACACAAAACUCUAAACUGCUGAGUCAUUUUUUAAGUACAGAAAGAAUAAGCCGUGGUAUCUUCAUUGUGUGUUUUCUUCUCGCUUGGUAAUAAUUGUGUUUAAAAUUCGUAUCUUUUUUUAUUUCAUGUUAGAAUGAGCUGUAAAGUUUGUGAAAAGGUCUGAAAUCCAAGAAAAGAACUUAACAUUAAGAAUAGAAAACAAGUCAUUACAUCUUCAUGUCCAUACAGACUGAGCUGCUCCCUCUUCCUGUUUGACGGUGGCAGCAACAUUGUCUUGCGUUUAAUACCUUUGGUUAAUUUGUUCUUGCUGAAAUCAGAAUCUAGAUCUAUUUGAAAAUUUGUUCUUUGUUUCAUGCUGAUGCAGAGAGGAAAAUUAAAUAUUGUUUAUCAAAACAAUGUCAUCAAAUCAUCAAAAUGACUGGUGUUUAGAACGAACUAUGAUUCUAUGUUUGUCUGGUGUUUUAUUCUGAAAUUGAGCACUCUUUAAAAACUUGAACAAAUGUAAAACAAGUUUUACUUGUCAAACAAUUUAUACAAAGUCUGAAUUUAUUAUACUAAUUUAAAUUUAGCACAAAGACUGAGAACAUCUGUGGAUGAAGAGGGAAUACAGGAAC